UCAAAAAGUUACCCUACCUCCAUGCAUUGGGCGGCAAAAAAUUGUCUGAAUCUGCAGAGGGUAAAAAUACAUUUCUGCCCUUGCUUUUUAUUGCUUCCUUUGAGACGGAUAUAUCACAAUAUACGCUCUCACCCAAAAGUUCCCCUUUCCUUCUCCAACCUGCAUUCGUCUUUGAACAAGCAAGACAGUCCCUCAGUCGGAGAAAGAAGUCCAGUCCGUCACCCUCACACCGCCGAUUGCUGGAGAUCUGUCACACCCUUCACCUUGCAGCACCGCCACAGCUGUGGCAAAGUCAUACCUCGACGCGAUCGUGUGACAACAGUAACCGACGGAAAGGACCAUUCGUCGCCCAGAUCUGCACCACCACUGACCAGAUCUACACCAAUCCAGCUCGUAUCCCCCAAACUACAAGCCAAAUGGAGCAGUCCCAACCGCAGUCGACGCCUUCCAAAAAUUUGCUUAAGCGCGGUAGUAAACAAACGCAGCCGCAGUCCGCAAACUUGCACAAAGCAGCUUGGGACUCCGACACGGUGCGGAUUUUCUUACAACUUGUUAUCAAAGAGUUGGACUCUGGUUUCAAGGGCAGCUUCCACGCAAUGACAAUGCACGGAUAUAGAGCUGUCUGCAAGGCCUUCCAGGAGCUUACAAAUAAGGUCCAUGACGUCAAGCAACUGCAAAACAAGUACGCGUUGCUAAAAAGGGAUUGGCAGUUGUGGUCACGCCUGAUGGACAUCAGGCAUGGGCCAACCGGCAUAAGUUACAAUGAAGCGACUGGUUUGAUACAAGCAUCCGACGAUUGGUGGGCACAUUAUGAAAAGAUUGACAAGAAUGCAAUAAGAUCAAAACGAAACUGUUGAAGCACAUGGACCUCAUGCGAAGGGUGUACGAAGGCGCUACGGAAAAUUUGCAUGGAUACUAGGUGCAACGUUCGAACCUAUCGCAACCAGGGACGGUCCUUUGCCGAUGGAUGAAGAAGAUUGCGAGGACAGCAGCGGUUUGCCCCCUUUCUAGCCUGCCACGCAGAGUGAACACACUGUCCACCACACUUCUGCGCAAGAGGAUGACACACCGGUCACCGUACACGUUGCGUUGUCGGCAAUUCACGCUGAUGACACACCUACGAGUGGCGGGAGCAAACGCAAAUUUAGUCGCACAACACACCCACAGCAAAAGAAAGGGCAGAGUGAGAGAGCUUUGCUGUUGGCGAGUAGUAUGGACAACCUUGCGUCUUUAGUUAAAUUACAACAACGACAAGUCCGCGUGCAUCAUGAAUACGGAGAUUCGACGCAGGAACUCGUUGGCAAGUGUAUGGCAAGGUUGUACUCCCUGGAAGGGUUGGAUCCGCAAGACCCACUAAUUGUUUUUGGUUUGACACUAAUGGACAACCCCGCAAAUGAAGCUAUAUUGUUGCAGAUUCUGACGGACGCAGCGGUCAUUAGUUGGCUGUGAAUGAAGAAGUCCCAAAGUAUGGGUCACCCAUCAGCGGCACCGCACAGCUCCGGUAUGAGUGGCUGGUUCUGACGACUUCAGUGACUGCAUUGGGUUCAUGUUUCAUGAAACAAACUGUCCUGCAUUUCCAUCAUGUUGCUACUUGCCAACUUGUUUGUUGUAAUUUUUUUUUCCCUUUCCAACAAACUGUGACAGUGUGGCUUUUUUUUUUCCUUCCUAAAAACUGUUAACCUGUGCAUGAGUUUUUUCCUUAUUAUGAAUCGGUUGCUUUGUGUGUUGA